AGCCGACAACAUGAAGGUCGGCAAACCACAAUCUAAGCGAGUGCCAGUGCGUUUGAGGCACAAGAUUCAAAAAGCCUCAGCGAAUAAACAACGCAAAGAGCGCAAGGAGGCGAAGAAGAACCCGCAAUGGCGGUCACGACUGAAGAAGGACCCUGGCAUUCCAAAUCUGUUCCCAUACAAGGACAAGAUUCUCGCAGAGAUUGAGGAGAGUAAGCGAAAUAAGGAGGAGGAGAAAGAGCGUCGGCGAGACAUUGCAAGAGCACAGAGAGAAGGGCGGUCGGUCGAUGCGACAACGAAACCGGUAGAUGGGGAUCUCGAGGUCUCUGAGGACGAGGAGGAUGAUGAUGACGAGGAAAUGGAUGAGAGAGAAGAUGUCAACCCCAUGGCUGCAUUGGUCGCUUCGGCGUCUCAACGCGCGCAGGCAUAUUCUAAAGAGGAUGAAGACGAAGACGAGGAGGACGACGAUGCAGACGAAGAGAUGAAAAUCGCACCAAAAGCCGCGCCGACCACAGCAGACGCACCGAAGAAGAAACUUCCGAAGCAAGUGCUCGACGAUCCGAUCAAGCCUGUGAACCGACUUCUAGGGAGACUACAGAAGACACCAGACGGGAUACAACAGCUACUCGAGUACUACCAGUUGCCGCCGCUCGUCACCGCAGGUAGCGACGCCACGACUAGGUUUUUGGUUGAUGUUGCCAGGAAGCGAGGCCGGUUGAGUCGUGGCGGCGUACCGAACCUCCAUGCAGCGGCCUUGACGGUUCUUAGCGACCUUCAAGAACAGAGAUUGAAACUGCCGGCGCUUCAGCAACAGAAGCAGCAGAAAGCUUCUGCUGCAACGUCCAAGGGCGAAGUGCAAAUUGUCACUCAGCUUGCCGAGCCUUUCAGAAUCGAAGGGCUAUUCGGCGACGAGCCAUCCACAUCUGCUGGAGCGAUGGAGAUGUAGUGGGAAAAUU